CAUGCAUCCCAAAGUGUACAUUUAGCUGGAGCAACGAAAUCACACUGAUUCCACACCUCUAUAUGUGAGUGUAUGUGUAUAUAUAUUAUGCAGCUCCCUUUCCAACAAAAACAGAAAGCAAAUAAAUAGAGAAGAAUUCCCAAUCUCAAGUUUGCAGCCCCAAAUUAGGCCAAGAAAAUCGCAGAGCCAAUGGAGAACAACCCGCAGCAGAGCGCGACGCCGCCGUACCCGCCCGCCGUAGCUGCGCCGGGGUACCCAUCGCAGCCGCCGUACCAGCACCUCUUGCAGCAGCAGCAGCAGCAAUUGCAGAUGUUCUGGAAUUUCCAGCAGAACGAGAUCCAGAAUGUGAACGAUUUUAAGAACCACCAGCUUCCCCUCGCGCGGAUCAAGAAGAUCAUGAAGGCCGACGAGGACGUGCGCAUGAUCUCCGCGGAGGCGCCGAUCCUCUUCGCCAAGGCGUGCGAGCUCUUCAUCCUCGAGCUCACGAUCCGCUCCUGGCUCCACGCCGAGGAGAACAAGCGCCGCACCCUCCAGAAGAACGACAUCGCCGCUGCGAUCACGCGCACCGACAUCUUCGACUUCCUCGUCGACAUUGUGCCCAGGGACGAGAUUAAGGACGAGGCGGCCUCUCUGGGGGGUAUUGUGGGCCCACCUGCGGGUCCUGGUGGGGUCCCCGUGGUGCCCUACUUCUACCCGCCCAUGGGGCAGACGAUGAUUGGGCGCCCCGCCGUGGUGCCUGGUGUGGAUCCGGGGGUUUACGUGCAGCCUCCGCCUUCCCAGGCCUGGCAGUCGGUGUGGCAGACGGGGGCUGAGGAUGGCUCCUACGGGAGUGGUGGUGGUGCCAGCAGCGGUCAAGGGAACCUUGACGGUUGAGGGAACUGAUACUUGCAUGGAAUGUUGCCAAGAAGGAUACUGGAGAUUUUGAUAAAGUUCAUACAUCACACGAGCAGCGCUUGAGUCUGUGGGAGACUGCCCAUGAUGGCCUGAUGUGGUUGUGGGGGGAUUGGCCUUGCAUAGAGUUAACAUGAGUUAUAAAACAUGAAAUUUAUCGCCAUCGUUUGCUUUUCCACUAAUAUUGUUUUCACUGACUGAUUGUUAUAGUAAAUAAUUGGCAUCCUCAUCACUAAGAUGCUUGUACGAUCAUGUGUCUUUUGCAGCUUCACAUGAUUGUUAUUGCUUGCUUUAAACUAGAAUGUUUGCAGUGCCUACCUAAUAAUCUCGUAUUCAACAUACCGAAGUUAUUUUCUUUACUUGUUUUUUCACAUGAAUCAUGUGCAGACAUUAAUGACCGGCACUCUUGUUUG